CAGCCUCUUCUUCUCUCCUUCUCGCUUCGUUCGUACUUACCCCCGAUGAUGUCUUCCGCCCCCUCCCCGCCUCCCCUCCCCAUCUCCGACCCUCCCUCCGGCGCCGCCGCCGCCGGUUCCACGGCCCCGGUCUCCACUCCGGCCUUCCGGCUCUUCCUCUCCCGCCUCUCCGACUCCGUCAGCCGCUUCCUCUCCGAGCGCCGCCCCUGGUCCGAACUCGCCGACCGCUCAGCCUUCUCCCGCCCGGACACCCUCGCCGACGCCACCUCCCGCCUCCGCAAGAACCUCGCCUACUUCCGCGUCAACUACGCCGCCGUGGUGGCCGCCGUCCUCGCCCUCUCCCUCGUCACCAACCCCUUCUCCCUCCUCGUCCUCCUCGCCCUCCUCGCCGCCUGGUGCCUCCUCUACCUCUUCCGCCCUGCCGAUCCGCCCCUCGUCCUCUUCGGCCGCACCUUCUCCGACCGCGAGACCCUCGGCGGCCUCGUCCUCUUCUCCGUCCUCGUCGUCUUCCUCACCUCCGUCGGAUCCAUCAUCAUCUCCGCCCUCGUGGCCGGCGCCGCCAUGGUCGCCGCCCACGGCGCCUUCCGCGUCCCCGAGGAUCUCUUCCUCGACGAGCAGGAGACCGGCGCCGCCACCGGGCUGUUGUCCUUCCUCGGCGGGGUUGCAUCGUCCGCCGCUUCCGCAGCCAGCCCCGCCGUCGUCGCUGCCCGCGUCUGAUGCGCGGUAUCUGAAGCUUUUCGGCUAGGAUUUGCUUCAUCGCCGCGUCGUCUCAUACGGUGAAAGCGAUCAGAUCAUGAUGCCAUUUUUGGGCUAUAUUUGGAUACUUAUAGGAUCUUAUAUGUCGGAUUCUAAAUCGAUUUGUAUACUUCCUCAAUCUAAAUGUUUCGCUGCUUUGGAUUCUUUUC